GCGGGGCAUCGGCAGGGGCGGGGCCUCCGGGCAGGCAGAGCUGCCUGCCUCAGUUUCCCCCCCAGGCGGUGGUUGUGGGCUCAAGCCCCAGGCCCUCACCCAGCAGGCGGCCGAUGGAGGCUAGACACAGCAGUUCCACCGGGCCGGGCAGCGCUGGGGCCGGGACGCCGCUGACGGCCAGGGCGGAAGGGGCGGCGGGCCCGGAGUCGCUGGUGCUGCAGCACCAGUACAUCUGCUCGGCCUGCGGCCUGCUCUACGACACGCUGGAGGAGGUCUUCAUGCACCAGCAGCAGCACGCCCAGCUCGAGCCCCCCGAGCUCCCCAGCGGCGCGCUGCCCCACGACAGCCACUUCCAGUGCUUGGACUGCUCGGAGCUGCUGCUGUCCCCCGAGGCCCUGCUGGCCCACCAGGACGCCCACACCCAGGACGCAGACCCCCCCAUCGGCCCCCUUCAGGGCCAGGUCCAGUACCACUGUGGCAACUGCGAGGAGCUCUUCCUGUCCCCAGACCUCUGGCUGGCCCACUGUGAGGCCUGCCCCGCGCCCGAGGAGCCGGAGCCACCGCCCCCCUCGCCCAGGGCCACCAUGGACCCCUACGAGUGCCCCGAGUGUGCGCAGCUGCUGGACACCCCGGAGGAGUUUUUAGAGCACCAGGGCACUCACUUUGCCUCCCUGGAGAAGGAGGAGGCAGAUGGAGGAGAGGAGGAGGAGGGACCCUGCACAGAGGGACCUGUAGCAGAGGAUGAAGGAGCCCCCCAUGGCCGCCAGUGCAUUGAAGGCCAGGGCCCCUGGGCCCCAGGGAAGGGGCUGCGGAGGCCCCGGCGGGCAGCCCACCCUCCGGCCACCACCCUCCAUCGCUGUGCCCAGUGCCAGCGUGGCUUUAGCUCCGCCAACCGUCUCCUGGCUCACGGCCGUGCCCAUGUCGGGGGCACUCACGAGUGCCCGGCCUGCUCCAAAGUCUUCAAGAAAGCCACGUCCCUGGAGCAGCACCUCCGGCUGCACCGGGGCGAGGCCCGUUACUUGUGUGUGGACUGCGGCCGAGGCUUUGGGACAGAGCUCACGUUGGUUGCCCACCGCCGGGCACACACGGCCAAUCCCCUGCACCGCUGCCCCUGUGGCAAGACUUUCAGCAAUAUGACAAAAUUUCUCUACCACCGACGGACCCACGCGGGCAAGAGCGGGGUGCCCCCCCCGCCCCCUCCCACCCCCCCACCCCCACUGGCCCCUGCGGCCUUGUCCUGCCCACACUGCACCAAGGCCUUUGCCUCUGCAGCCCGGCUGAACAGGCACCGGCGGGCCGUGCACUCCCCGCCUGAGCGGCGGCACCGCUGUGGGGUCUGCGGGAAGGGCUUUAAGAAGCUGGUACACGUGCGCAACCAUCUGCGCACCCAUACGGGCGAGCGGCCCUUCCAGUGUCACGCCUGCGGGAAGACCUUCGCCUCGCUAGCCAACCUCAGCCGCCACCAGCUGACCCACACGGGGGCCCGUCCCUACCCCUGCCCCGACUGUGGGAAGCGUUUCACCCAGAGUUCCAACCUGCAGCAGCAUCGGCAGCUGCACAGCCGGUCGGCAGCUUUCUCCCGGGCCUCGCGCCUCCAAGCCCGGCUGGCUACUGUGAGAAGCCUGUACGGGAAAGGGGCAGCCGGCGGCGGGACGCUGGGCCGGGCCGGGCUGCGACACCCCCAGCGGGGCCCCGCGGGGCGCGAUGAGCCCAAACCCCCACCCAGACCUGCCGCGCCGCCCACUCCCCCAGCCCCAGCCCCCCAGCAGACCAUCAUGUGCACAGAACUGGGUGAGACCAUCGCCAUCAUCGAGACUUCCCAGCCCCUUGCCCUAGUGGACACAUUGCAGCUGUGCCAGGUGGCACUGGGGGCUGGGGGGCUGCACCUGGGAGGCACAGGUGGGACUGGGGGGCUGCUGCACCUGGACGCUGCUUUUGUGUGACAGGUGGAGAUAGGGUCGGGGCUGGGUUCUUAAUAAAUGAAUUUGCAUUGAUAUCA